UUUGAUUCAUUGUUGAAUACUUCUAUAGUUUAAUUUCUCUUACAUUGCAUUGAAGUUGUUCUUGUCUUUUUAUUAUUAAAUAAAAUAAUUUUUCCAGAAGUGAAAUAGAAACUUUUCUGGCAUGUCUAAUUUUUUUGUUUGUUUGUUUGUUUUUUUUUGGUGAUGAACAUCGUAAAAUAUAUAUUAUAUGUGUGUGUGUGUGUGUGUGUGUGUGUUACUUGCUAUACUCUAACUGUUAUACCAUAGUUUUAGUGCAAUUAAAAUACAUCCUACACCUAGGAUCUGUGGUUCUCAGCAAACAAUAUUAUAAGGGCUUGUGUAGAUUUGUUGACUUACGAAGAAUACCGGCAAAAUAGGUGUCAGUUACAGUAUCACAUAUUUAUCCUAGUUGUCGUAAACAGAACGGUAGUUCUUGACUUAUUUACGUUUAUUUCUUUUCUUGAUUUUUACAUGCAGAUGGAUGGAGAGUGCUAGAAUAGCAAGGUGUAGUUAUCGUGCUGUAACUGUCAUGAUUGGAUUGUCUGAACAUAGUAAAUAUGUGGAUAUGUGUAAUGAGAUAUGUUUAAGGUUUAAGGAACUUAAGGUAGGGAGUUAUGAGCUGACAUAUUCUCUUCCUGAGCAUCCUACUUGUUUGCUGCAAUCGGAUAUGGACAUGCAUUUGAUGCUAAUGUGUUUAUCAAUGUUGAAGAUUAGUUUUGUUGAUAUACUGGUGAAGGAUCUGUUGAGUUCAAAUAAAGAAGAUGGUGAUCAUACAACAUCUAAUCAAGCAGCUUCUAAUCAUUCAGCAUCUAAUCAUGCAGCAUCUAAUCAAAAAGCUUCUAAUCUUUCAGCAUCUAAUCAUGUAACAUCUUCUUCAUGCAUGGUAGAAAAUAGUGCUAUUGAUGAGAAUGAACAUUUGGAUAACUCCAGAUUGCAUGAAAGCAUUGCAUAUUUGUCUGAGGGUUGGAAGGAAUAUAUUAAUCAUGAAGGUCAGAAGUUUGUGGGCGGGGUAACUGAAUUUCGGAACAAGUUGCGUAAGUACGCAGUUGGUAUGGGAUUUCGUUUUGUCUAUCAAUCCAAUGAUAAGUCACGUGUUAUUGCUGAUUGUUUUAAAAAGAAAUCAGAUGGAUGUAAGUGGCGUGUAUAUGCUUCGCUAUGUCAAGCUAAUGGUUUUUUCUACAUAAGGACUUUAAAUAAUGUUCACACGUGCAUGGGUGUUGGUCGUGAGAAGAAAAGUAAAAUGAUUACGUCAAAGAUGAUAUCUUCUAUUGUAGUUGAUAAAAUCCGUGAAAAACCGUCAAUUAAACCAAUAGAUAUUGUGAAGGACUUUAAGCAGAACUAUGGUCUUGAGAUUUCUUACUAUAAUGCAUGGUACGCGAAAGAAUUGGCUAAGAGUGAAGUUCAUGGUGAUGAAUCCUUGUCUUAUAGUCAAUUAGUUUGGUAUCAUGAUGCUUUAAUGUCAACCAAUCCUGGAUCAUCUUGUGUUGUAGAGUGUGAUUCAAAGACUUCUCGCUUUCGGAGGCUUUUUGUUUGUUAUGGUGCUUGCAUUGAGGGCUUUCAAUGGUGCAGACCUUUGUUGUUCAUAGAUGAAACUUUUCUGAAAAGCAAGUAUAAAGGGCAGCUAAUUGGUGCCACGGGGAAGAAUGGAAACCAAGGAUUUUUCCCCUUUGCUUUUGCUGUCAUGGAUUCAGAAAACAAGGAAAACUGGAGCUGGUUCUUCGAAAAUUUAGCUAAAGUUUUGACUCCACAAGGUUAGGACCAUUACAUUUGUAUCUGAUCAUAACAAAGAUGUGAUUGAAGCUGUUUCAAACAUAUUUCCAACAUCCCAUCAUGCAUUUUGUUUGAACCAUUUGAAAGAGAAACUUGGAUCUAAAUAUCCCCUUACAAAUGGUAAAUUGUUCCGGGAUGGAAUUGUUGAACUUUUUAUGAAAUGUGCUUAUGCUCCAACAGAAGUUGCUUUUGAGUUUAAUAUGAGAAAUUUAAAAGAAGAAGGUGGGGCUCCGGUUCAGACUUUUCUAGAUAAUCUUCCUAAAGAGAAUUGGUCAUCUGCUCAUUUUAAGGGCAAUCGAUAUGGUGAAAUGUGUAAGAAUGCUUCUGAAUCAUUUCAUUCUUGGAUUUUGGAGCUAUGUGCGUUGCCCAUCUGUCAAAUGCUUGAGGGCAUCAGGAUUAAACUCAUGGUCAUGGUGUCCGAAAGAAGUGGUGAAGCGGGGCAGUGGUGUUCUGUUUUAUGUCCUGAGAUGGAGAAAACCUUGAGUGAAAUGUUGACUGUAGGUCAGCAUUGGAAUGCUAGCCGUUCCAGUACUUAUGUCUUUGAGGAUCUUGCUGAAGUUUCUGUUCUAGUUGAUUUGGUUAAUCAUUUUUGCUCCUGUCAUGAUUGGCGAAUAAAAGGCUUUCCCUGUGCUCAUGCACUUGUUGCUGUUCAAAAAAAUUCUGGUUGCAUGUAUGACUACAUUGAUGAUUACUUCAAGUUGAGCUACUAUAGAAGUUCAUAUGCGACUCUUAUUUCUCCUAUACCUGACAUUAAGGAUAUGAUGCAUGAGGGUUCAGAAGAUGUUAUCCUACCUCCACUUAUUAAGAAGGGUAGAACAAGGACUAAAACGAUUAAAUCUGUUAGUAAAGUUCCAAGGGCCAUUACAUGCAGUUGAGGUGGUGCGGUUGCAAGGCAUAAUAAGAAGACUUGUACUGCAAAUUUUUGAUUUUGUUUCACAGUAUUUUCGUUGCAGUGUACAUAAAUUCUAUGAUGUGUUUUUGUA